AUGGAAGCCAGGUUCGUGACCUGCCGGAGCUUCCAGCAGAUCAAGCCGCCCGAGAAGACUCUAGCACCGCAACCGACGGUGAAGGGGCUGCUGUCUCGCUUCGGAAGUCAAGCUCAGGCUCUGUUCGCGCCUAAAAAACCGAGGUUCGGAUCCUCUGUGGCUAUACACAAGUUACGGGAGUCGAAGUGGUUCAAACACGAUGAACAAAAUAUAUUAUGUGCUGUCCUCGAAUCUGGAUUCGUGUUGGAAGUCAAGGCUGAGGAUCCGUUGCCGCCGGACUCGACCAUGUCACCGGAUUAUCACAUGUACGCCAUCGCCAUGUGGAAGAAGGGUAAAGAAAAAACAAAGAACCCGGAACAGAUAGAGGUGUACACUGUCCAGCAAAAAGGUGUGCGAAAACGUAUUAUAAGGACUACCUUGAGUGCCUUUUGGAAAAAGGACUCCGUCAUAAGAAUCAACAACGUCGACGACAAGCAAGAAACACCCAACAGCGAAAAAGACAUCAGGGCAAAGCUCGACAUGGCAACUAAAUCCAGAUUUGAAAGAAACUGGCACAAUACCCUGCAUUUCGUCCACUGGUGCCGAUAUGGGGAAACUCCACAAGAAGCUCGCAUGAGACAGAUUAGCGAAUCGCUGAAAUGGGGCAACAUCGGCAUGAACAUGGGUGUAAUGAUGGUCAGUCAGAACAACGGGCGGGCCAAAGCCAAGUCGGUGUGA